GGAAUUCAACUGGUGAUUAUUAAUCUAAGGACUGCAUUACUGUUUAAAAACAAAGAUAACUACGUAAGCAGUAUCCUUUUCCAGAGAAUAUAUUUCCUAAAAGUGUUUGUUCACUGCAUUAAAUCAAGAUUCAGGGAGUUCAAUCAGAGCAGUGGGUUAUCACGUAAAAAUAUAAAUGAUCCCAUGAAAGUUCACGAUACGGAUUUGUAUGCUUUGGUAAUGGGGAGAAAAACCCGGAAAUACGAACAGAGGAGUCCGCGUCGACAUUGGCGCAGCAAAAUAACAUGUGAUGUCACGCUAAACUCACUCUGUCAAUUUGAAAAUCAUUUUAAUAUGAGUGUUACGCUUAUGCCAUAAUUGAAUCGAGGGUAUCCUCCUGAGGGCUUCGACACCGACAACGACUCCCAGUAAUCCGUGGGCUAUGAUGCAGCCGCGAGUCGACAUUCCGAUUAAAAUUCAUUUUGUUAUCAUGGGUUUUUAGAACAAAUAAUAAGGAAGGCAUUAUCAAAGUUGGGCGAUCAUAUCAAUUCCGUUGUUUUUUUGGUAUAAAUAUGUUGAAACAUCCGGUGUAAACAGCCACAGGCGGUUUAGUAUUUCUUUUUUAUUACCCAAGUGCUUAAACCUCUGAUAAGAAAAAUCGUUCAACGCUGAAGGCUAAAAAUGGAACGCUAUUCUACAACUUGAUACUAAUGUUAUGAUGCUGUGCAUCGAAAAUAAAUCUCAAAAUUGUGUAUAACUCGAUAAGAAAUAAUUCUUCGUGUUAAAAUGCAAUUUCGGAAUUAAUGAAAGUGAUGUGAUCAUCCACCGGUAAACGUCCAAUGGAUAAAAUGAAAAACAUUAUUUUGAAAAAUGUUGAAGGCUGAUGGCAAAAGCAACAAUUCAGUGAGGAAAAAAAUGUCAUCCCCACCAAAAAAAUAAUCCACAAAGUGAAAAAUUCGUGGUAAAAAUUCACGUACGUUAUCACCGACGCAUGAAAAAUUCAACGAACCAAUGAAAUGCCUCCGCCAUAUAGGAAAGCGGUGGUACAAAGGUGUUGAGCACGUGUUAACCCAGUCAAUGUCCGAAAUAGGCGCUAUAUACGUCGUUCUCGCCACUUCCCUCCACGUGUGCCUUCAAAAAUUCAGAGACAUUACGAACCGAAUGGACGUUAUCUCAACAUUUGUCGACAAGCUGUUGGAGAGUCAACAGCUUUCCUAGCUGCCUGCUCUCUCCAAUUAUUUAUUCCAUUGACUAUCAGGGCUGGAGAAUAAAAGUGGUUAUCACAAUGCCAGACAAAGUUGCUCCGGCGGAGAGGCCCAUCUAUACGAAUAGUAAAGGAAAGGAGCUGCAGAGCGUGGUAUUGAAAAAAGAAUUGGGAUUGCUCGAUGGUGUUGCUAUUAUCGUUGGUGUUAUCGUUGGAUCCGGAAUUUUUGUGUCACCAAAAGGAGUUUUGCAAAAUAGUGGCAGUGUUGGCUUGUCCAUCAUCAUCUGGGUUUUUUCUGGGCUAUUGUCACUAGUUGGAGCACUAUGUUAUGCAGAACUUGGGACAAUGAUACCGAAGUCCGGGGGAGAUUACGCCUACAUCAGCGAGGCCUUCGGGGGUUUACCAGCAUUUUUGUAUCUCUGGGUAGCCUUGUUCAUUCUAGUACCGACUGGAAAUGCAAUAACAGCUUUAACUUUUGCUCAGUACAUACUCCAGCCACUCUGGCCUGGCUGUGAGCCACCUCAUGAAGCUGUGAGACUCCUCGCAGCAGUUGUCAUGUGUAUCUUGACCGCAAUUAAUUGUUAUAAUGUUAAAUGGGCCACCAGAGUACAAGAUGUAUUCACCGGAACCAAAAUAUUUGCACUCGUGAUCAUCAUCGUAACUGGGUGUUAUUAUUUUUCGACAAACGAUUCAGUACCCUUCUCUCAACCUAUGAAGGGGACUAAUACAGAACCGGGAUAUCUAGCUAUCGCCGUUUAUUCCGGUUUAUUUUCCUAUUCUGGAUGGAAUUACUUAAAUUUUGUUACUGAAGAGCUGAAGGAUCCCUACAGAAAUUUGCGAAACGCUAUUUGUAUCUCCCUGCCCCUGAUCACCGUCAUUUAUGUUCUGGUGAAUCUCGCCUAUUUUGCUGUACUGUCUCGAGAUGAUAUUUUGGCGUCGAAUGCAGUCGCAGUGACAUUUGGUGAUAAAUUACUUGGUGUUAUGUCUUGGAUAAUGCCAGUAUUCGUUGCUUGCUCAACAUUUGGUGCUUUGAAUGGUGCAAUUUUUGCAUCGUCAAGAUUAUUCUUCGUUGGUGCUAGGAAUGGACAUCUUCCAAAUGCUAUUGCCCUUAUUAACAUUCAUCAUUUGACACCGAUGCCAUCGCUCAUAUUUCUCUGCAUUAUAUCACUAGCGCUAUUGAUAAUAAAGGACGUCUAUACACUGAUAAAUUACGUGAGCUUCGUCGAAGCUCUCUUUACAACGCUAUCAGUCUCUGGAUUACUGUGGAUGAGGCACAAGAACCCUAAUGCUGAGCGGCCUAUCAGGGUACCGACCCCACUUCCAGUAAUCUUCUUAUUCAUAUGCAUAUUCCUCGUCGCAUGUCCAUGCUACGUAACUCCAUGGGAAGUGGGUAUUGGAAUGAUAAUCAUAAUUUCGGGAAUUCCGGUCUAUUUGAUAUUUAUUUACUGGAGGAACAAACCGAAGUGGCUGGUAGAAUCAUCCCAAACACUCAAUACAUCGUGCGCAAAAUUAUUCCUGUGUGUCCCGGAGGAGAAAGAAACUUAGUUGAGAGCCAAAGUAUUUUGUUGCAUAGUACAAAUUACACACUCUGCUAAUUACUGGCUGGAUUAUCCGUAAUGGGAAGUAUAUUUGGACAUCGAUAAUCUCAGCUGUAAGUUCUAGUUAUGAAUCUCUGAUUGGGUACUGCUGGGGGGCCAAUUCAGUUCAUAGGUUGUUCGUAAUUAUAAGAUAUACCAUUGUGCUCGGAAUAUCGUUGACUAGACUUUGCAUCGUGGAAUGAUAACUCUUUUUUUACUCUGCAUUUGUGAUACUGAGAGUUCAAAAACCUCAAAUUUCAAUUAAGAAUGCCUUCAUCCUCUGAAUUCGAGGAAUAGUUUGGGGGAGAAUUUUUUUGCCGAUCCGUUUGAAUGAAUUUGUACAAAAGGAUUGACGCAUAAUAUUUAACAUUCCAAAGCGUAUCGCAGACAAUAAUUUUAUUCUUUUUAUAGUAUGUUAGAACACUGGUCUAAUAGUUAAGACUGUACCCAUAUUUGAGCAUUCCUCGUGGGAUAAUUUAUAAAUGAGUUUAAUGUAUUUAUUAAGUCAAUUAUCUCUUUUGUUUUUGGGACAUAAUUAUUUAUUUGGCACAUACAGUAUAAUACUUAUUUGUAAUACAUUAUGACUAGUUUUUUUUUU